UGGGCGGCGCACAGAGCCCGACUGCAGCACCUUCGCCGCGGCACCAGGCGCUGGGUCCCGCAGGUGCCUCGGGCCGCCCAGCCCUGCAGCGCCCCGCGCCCUCGGCCUUCCGUCUCGACCCCCACCGCGGGGCAUCACGACGUCCGGGCCCGGCGAUGAGCGCGAGGAGCCGCGAUGAGCGCAGAGAGGCCAGGAGCCCGGGGAUGGCGCCGCGCAGAGCCAUCGCCUCCGCGCCUUCCUACAGCCCCGGGAGAGGAAGCGCCUUGUGCGGUGCAAACCGGCAACCCCUUGGCCGCGGUAACGAGGCGCGGGGAGAUAUCCCCCUCCUACUGGACUCCCUCCCGUAGUGACGGAUGUCCAGACAGCAGCCCGCUCGUGGGCAGCACGCCCACCGGUUAUGGGACCCUGACGAUAGAGACAUCUAUAGAUCCCCUCAGCUCCUCAGUUUCAUCCGUGAGGCUCAGCGGCUACUGUGGCAGUCCGUGGAGAGUCAUAGGCUAUCACGUCGUGGUCUGGAUGAUGGCAGGGAUCCCUUUGCUGCUAUUCCGAUGGAAGCCCGUGUGGGGGGUGCGGCUGCGGCUCCAGCCGUGCAACCUGGCCUGCGCCGAAACACUCGUUAUCGAAAUAAGAGACAAAGAGGAUAGUUCAUGGCAGCUCUAUACUGUCCAGGUGCAGACUGAGGCCAUCAGCGAAGGCAGCCUGCAGCUGCCCCCACAGGCCCAGGCGGAGGACGGCCGGAGCCAGGUGGCUGUGGGGGCAGUACUGGAGGAUACUUGGAAGGACACCACCCAGCUCCACAGGAACGAGGAGGCGCAGCGGACACUGCGGUACUACCUCUUCCAGGGUCAGCGCUAUGUCUGGAUCGAGACCCAUCAGGCCUUCUGCCAAGUCAGCCUGCUGGACAAUGGCCGCACCUGUGACGACAUCCACCACUCCUGCACUGGCCUCAGCCUCCAGGACCAAACCGUGAAGAAGACCAUCUACGGCCCCAAUGUGAUCAAUGUACCGGUCAAGUCCUAUCCCCAGCUGCUGGUGGAUGAGGCACUGAACCCCUACUAUGGGUUCCAGGCCUUCAGCAUCGGGCUGUGGCUGGCCGACCACUACUACUGGUACGCCGUGUGCAUCUUCUGCAUCUCCGCCUUCUCCAUCUGCCUGUCGAUCUACAGGACCAGAAAGCAAAGCGAGACCCUGAGGGACAUGGUCAAGCUGUCUGUACAGGUGUGCGUGUGCCGACCUGGGGGAGUGGAGGAAUGGGUGGACUCCAGUGAGCUGGUGCCAGGAGACUGCCUGGUGCUGCCCCAGGAGGGUGGGCUGAUGCCCUGCGAUGCUGCCUUGGUGGCUGGCGAGUGCAUGGUCAACGAGAGCUCUCUGACAGGGGAGAGCAUUCCAGUGCUGAAGACAGCCCUGCCAGAGGGACCGGUGCCCUACGUCCCAGAGACCCACCGGCGGCACACGCUCUUCUGCGGGACCCUCAUCUUGCAGACCCGGGCCUUUGUAGGAUCCCGUGUCCUGGCGGUGGUGACCCAGACAGGGUUCUGCACGGCCAAAGGGGGCCUGAUGAGCUCCAUCCUGCAUCCCCGGCCCAUCCACUUCAAGUUCCACACACAGAGCAUGAAGUUUGUGGCGGCCCUCUCUGUCCUGGCUCUCCUUGGCACCGUCUACAGCAUCUUCAUCCUCUACCGCAACGAGGUGCCUGUGAAGGAGAUUGUGAUCCGGGCUCUGGACCUGGUGACAGUGGUGGUGCCGCCAGCCCUGCCGGCUGCCAUGACCGUGUGCACGCUCUAUGCCCAGAGCCGCCUGCGGAGCCAGGGCAUCUACUGCAUCCAUCCACUGCGCAUCAACCUGGGUGGCAAGCUCCAGCUGGUGUGUUUUGACAAGACAGGCACCCUCACUGAGGAUGGCUUGAACGUGAAGGGUGUGGUGCCCCUGGAGGGACAGAAGUUCCUGUCGCUCGUCUCAGAGCCCCGCUGCCUGCCCAUGGGGCCCCUGCUCCGGGCACUGGCCACUUGCCACACUCUCAGCUGGCUCCAGAACACCUUAGUGGGCGACCCCAUGGACCUCAAGAUGGUGGAAUCUACUGGCUGGGUCCUGGAGGAGGGACCAGCUGAACACUCGACAUUUGGGACCCACGUUUUGGCUGUGAUGAAGCCCCCGCUUCAGGAGCCCCAACUGCAGGGCUCGGAGGAGCCUCUGGUGCCAGUCAGCAUCCUCAGCCGCUUCCCGUUCUCGUCGGCCCUGCAGCGCAUGAGUGUGGUGGUGGCGUGGCCAGGGGCCACUCAGCCUGAGGUUUAUGUCAAGGGUUCCCCUGAGCUGGUGGCAGGCCUCAGUGACCCCGAGACAGUGCCCACCAACUUUGCCCAGACACUACAGAGCUACACAGCCGCUGGCUACCGCGUCGUGGCCCUUGCCAGGAAGCCACUGCCCAUUGCACCCAGCCUGGAGGCAGCUCAGCAACUGACGAGAGACGCUGUGGAGUGGAAGCUGAGUUUCCUGGGGCUACUGGUCAUGCAGAAUCUGCUAAAGCCACAGACAACACGCGUCAUACAGACUCUGCGGGGGAACUGCAUCCGCACCGUCAUGGUGACAGGGGACAACCUGCAGACGGCAGUCACUGUGGCCCAGGCCUGUGGCAUGGUGGACCCCCAGGAGCGUCUGGUCAUCAUCCACGCCACCCCUCCUGAGCAGGGCCAGCCUGCCUCCCUCCAGCUCCUGCCAGUGGAGUCCUCCACAGCCAUGAACGGGGCCCAGGAUCCUGACCAGGCUGCAAGCUACACCAUGGAUCCAGACCCCCGAUCCAGUCACCUGGCCCUCAGCGGGUCCACCUUUGGUGUCCUUCUGAAGCACUUCCCCAAGCUGCUGCCCAAGCCCCUCCUCGUCUCCCUGGGCUCCCAGGUCCUGGUCCAGGGCACCGUCUUUGCCCGCAUGUCUCCUGAGCAGAAGACAGAGCUGGUGUGUGAGCUGCAGAAGCUGCAGUACUGUGUGGGCAUGUGCGGGGACGGCGCCAAUGACUGCGGGGCCCUGAAGGCAGCUGACGUGGGCAUCUCGCUCUCCCAGGCGGAGGCCUCAGUGGUCUCGCCCUUCACCUCGAGCGUGGCCAACAUUGAGUGUGUGCCCAUGAUCAUCAGGGAAGGUCGCUGUUCCCUGGACACGUCGUUCAGCGUCUUCAAGUACAUGGCCCUGUACAGCCUGACCCAGUUCAUCUCUGUCCUGAUCCUCUACACGGUCAAUACCAACCUGGGCGACAUGCAGUUCCUGGUCAUCGACCUGGUCAUCACCACCACAGUGGCAGUGCUCAUGAGCCACACGGGGCCGGCGCUGGAGCUGGGGCGGGCGCGGCCGCCGGGGGCCCUGCUGAGCGUGCCCGUGCUCAGCAGCCUGCUGCUGCAGGUGGUCCUGGUGGCCGGCAUGCAGCUGGGGGGCUACUUCUCGACUGUGACCCAGCCCUGGUUUGUGCCUCUGAACAGGACGGUUCCUGCACCAGACAACCUGCCCAACUACGAGAACACGGUGGUCUUCUUUGUGUCCAGCUUCCAGUACCUCAUCUUGGCCACGGCCAUGUCCAAGGGGGCGCCCUUCCGCAGGCCACUCUACACCAAUGUGCCCUUCCUGGUGGCCCUGUUGUUCUUGGGCUCCGUCCUGGUGGGCCUCCUCCUGGACCCCGGCCCCCUGCAGGGGCUGCUGCAGCUGAAGAACAUGACUGACACCUGCUUCAAGCUGCUGCUGCUGGGCCUGGUUGCCCUCAACCUUGUGGGAGCCUUCAUGCUGGAGCAGAGUGUGCUGGACCAGUUCCUCCCAGGCUGCCUGAAGUGGCUCCGGCCCAAACGGGCCUCCAAGAAGCGUUUCAAGCAGCUGGAGCAGGAGCUGGCUGAGCAGCCCUGGCCGCCGCCCACUGAGCCCGUGAGGUAGCGCAGGCCCCGGCUGGCACCCUGGACACUGGAUCUCCCUGCCUCUGAGCCACCCACUGGGACCCAUCUCCAGAGACACCACCACCAUCACUCCUGCAGCCCUGAGGUUGGCAGUUGUCACCCUCAUGCCUCAAAUCUUCCUGGCCCAGCCUUCCCUGCCCCCACCUGGGGAAAUGCUAACUCUCGAUGUCCCCUUUCAGAUGUCCCAUGUAGUGACGGCAGCCACCACCCCCACUCAGAGCCGCUGUCAGUGUAGCAAAUAAAGUCAUAAUAUUUUCCUGGC